AUGACGGACGAAUUCAAAGGCAAGGGCUUUCCAGACGUCUCCACGAAACUUUCCGCCCUCCCCAAGAAGUCGCUUUUCGAACGCCAAAAAGCCGAAGCCGAAGCCAAGCGUGCUCGUGAGCGAGCUGAAACCGCUGCGGUCUACGAAGACUUUGUUAAGUCGUUUGAAGAUGACUCACCUGGUCUUGAUCGACCUCCUAUAGAUGGAAGGGGUGGUAGAUUUGGAAACAGGGCUUCGGGAUUUGUGGGAGGCCCUGCGAAGCGGCAUUUCACCAGCACAGGUCCGCGCAUGAGUGGGCCAGGGACUUUGGGACCACCACCACCAUCGCUGUCGCGCAAACGUAACCAUGAUGGAUUUCCGCCGCUACAUCGGAAUCGAGACUCAGUGCAAGGUGUUCUAGGCUAUGAAAAUGCUGCCCCAUCGCCCGCUUUUCGCACUUCGGAUGAUGAGAAUGAAGACACUAGCGAUGCGAAGGAAGCUGAAAAAGCAGCCGCGAAACCCACACUGUACCUGGCAUCCUUGCCUCCUGGGACAUCGCCAUCGGUGAUCAAAUCCUUAAUACCCUCCGUUUUGUCUGUGGAUAACGUAAAGAUCCUCCGCCCCCCCGGCCAGCCAUCCGAUCGCAAGUCAGUCUCUGCAAUUGUGACCUUGACGAAUGAAACCGCAGCCUCGGAUAUAGAUAGUUCUGUGAGCGCGCUCCAGAACAAAUAUCUUGGCUGGGGAUACUACUUAUCGAUUUCGAGACACCUUUCAUCCGCUGCUAUUAGCUCUACCGUACCUGUAAACAUCGGUCUCUCAUCAACAACAUCCCUUCCGUUUGGCGCCAAAACAAUCGCGCCAGAAACUGGAGGAAGGUUGAAUCGAGCCCCGCCACCCGGGCCUCGAGGAUUCGCACCCCCGACUUCUUAUGGGUCGACACAUGGUCGAAGUGGUGCCGCCACGCAGGUUGAAGUGAAGUUGCCAUCCGAUCUGAAGCAACUCCGACUGAUUCACAAGACACUGGAAAAUUUACUGGAACAUGGCCCUGAAUUCGAGGCUCUUCUAAUGAGCCGACCUGAGGUCCAAAGAGACAUCAAAUGGGCCUGGCUUUGGGACGCAAGAAGUAUUGGCGGGGUUUACUAUCGAUGGAAGCUAUGGGAGGUUGUCACCAACAGUCGUCCGAGAGGAACUCAACGAGGCAGGCCUCAGAGUUCGUCGCUAAUAUUCGAAGAUGGAGCCAGCUGGGCACCUCCGGAGAAGUAUCUUAAAUUUGAAUAUACUACCCGCAUGGAGGACUUUGUGUCUGAUGCAGACUAUGACUCUUCGGAAGAUGAGUUGUCUGACAUGGAAGAUGAGAGACGGGCCCAUGGCGGAGGUCCGCCGAAAGAUGGACCAGGUGUAAGCAACGAAGGUCUUGGCUAUAUGAACCCGCUUCAAAAAGCCAAAUUGGCUCAUCUUCUGGCACGGCUUCCCACAACCCAUGCGAAGCUACGGAAAGGCGAUGUAGCGCGAGUAACGGCUUUUGCUAUCGGGCACGCGGGAGCGGGAGCCGAGGAAGUGGUUGAAAUGAUCGUGUCGAAUAUUCUCAAUCCAUUUGCCUACACCGGGGCCAACCCUGAUCGUGAAAAGGAAAAACGUCUUGCGCAAGCUGAAGAGCCGACAGGAGAUAACAGCCAAGGAAAUCUGGCAGAAGAAUCUCGGGGAUCGUCUAAGGAAAGCUUGGAUACUUCACCCGCCAAACUUGUUGGUCUCUUUCUUAUCUCCGACAUCCUGUCUUCUUCCGCUACAAGCGGAGUGCGGCAUGCAUGGCGAUAUCGACAGCUUUUCGAGUCGGCAUUCAAAGCGCAUAAGGUCUUCGAGCACCUCGGACGACUGGAGAAGGACCUGAGGUGGGGCCGAUUGAGAGCAGAGAAAUGGAAGCGGAGUGUAGGCACUCUUUUACAUUUGUGGGAAGGGUGGUGUGUCUUCCCGCAAUCGAGCCAAGAACAGUUCUUCCAGGUCUUCGAGAAGCCACCACUUACGGAGGACGAACUGCGGGAGGAACAAGAGAAGACUGAGGCCGAACGGGCUGCUGGCGCAUUCUCUAAGGGCAAGAGCCGCUGGAAGACUGUGGACGAGGACUCGACGACAGAACCAUUCAACCCAACCCGACCUUCUGACGUUGAUCGAAACCGGAUGGCAAUCGAUUCCAGGCCUCUAAUCCCAGCGGGUGAUUCAGACAUGGAUGGGGAACCGUUGAGUGAUAUCGAUGGAGAGCCGAUGGAGGACAGUGACCUGGAAGUCCCGGACGGUGAGCCUUUGGAAGAAGGCUCCCCAAUGGAAGAAAGCGACGCGAAGGAGCAGUCAGAGCCGUCAGCUCAGCUGGAACCUCAACUCCCAGCUCGCAAGCCCCGACCCAAGGCCGAAGAUAUGUUUGCGGACUCUGAUUCCGAAUGA